AUGAAGACAGGCAAACUUGAAAAGAACACAUGGUCUUUGACACUAUGCCUUGUUUUACUUUCUCUCAUUACAAUCACCUUUCCCUUUUGUGAAUCUUUCAACUAUGGUCAAGCCUUGUCACACAGCCUUCUCUACUUUGAGGCACAACGUUCAGGUCACUUACCCUUCAACCAAAGGGUCAAUUGGCGUCACCAUUCUGGUCUCACUGAUGGCCUAGAACAAGGGGUGGACUUGGUGGGAGGAUACUAUGAUGCAGGGGACAAUGUGAAAUUUGGACUACCAAUGGCGUUCACCAUAACUCUCCUUUCAUGGGCUGCUUUAGAAUAUGGCGAGCAAAUCGCCGACGCCGGAGAGUACGUCCACACGAUGGAGGCUAUCAAGUGGGGAACCGACUAUUUCAUUAAAGCUCACACAGAACCAAAUGUUCUAUGGGUAGAGGUAGGUGACGGAGAAACUGACCAUUACUGUUGGCAGAGACCAGAAGAUAUGACAACGUCACGAAGAGCUUAUAAAAUUGACAAAAACAACCCUGGCUCUGAAGUCGCCGGGGAAACCGCGGCAGCUUUGGCAGCUGCAUCCAUUUUAUUUAGGAGAACAAAUCCACAUUACUCUCAACUACUAUUGCAUCAUGCACAACAGUUGUUUGAGUUUGGAGACAAGUUUAAAGGCAAGUAUGAUGAAAGUAUUGAAAUUGCUAAAGGGUACUAUACUUCAGUUAGUGGUUAUAAGGAUGAGUUGUUGUGGGCAGCCAUAUGGUUAUAUAGGGCAACCCAAAAGGAUGAAUAUUUGAAUUAUGUUUUGGAGAAUGCUCAUGAUUUUGGUGGGACCACUUGGGCCAUGACAGAAUUUAGUUGGGAUGUUAAAUAUGUUGGUGUUCAAGUCAUUGCUGCAACGCUCCUUAUGGAAGAAAAGCACAAGAAACAUGAAGUAAUACUGAAUAAAUAUCGUGAAAAAGCAGAGUACUAUAUUUGCUCAUGUCUCAAUCUCAACAAAGUGAAUAAUGUGGAACGCACACCAGGAGGGUUACUAUAUAUCCGUCAAUGGAACAAUAUGCAAUAUGUAGCAAAUGCAGCUUUUCUUCUUACAAUUUAUUCAGAUCAUCUAUUAGCCAAUAAUCAAAAAUUGCAUUGCCAAAAAAAUGAGGUUGGUCCCAAUGAAAUUUUUGCCUUUGCAAAAUCACAAGUUGAUUACAUUUUAGGUUCUAAUCCAAUGGGUAUAAGUUAUUUGGUUGGGUAUGGUCCAAAAUUCCCACAAAGGGUACACCAUAGGGGUGCAUCUAUUAAAUCAUAUAAUAAAGGGAACAUGGAUUUUAUUGGGUGCACUCAAGGUUAUGAAAAUUGGUAUGAAAGUUCUGAGCCCAACCCAAAUAUACUCAUUGGUGCACUUGUUGGUGGGCCUGAUAAUAAAGACCUAUUUAAAGAUGAAAGAAGAAAUUAUGAGCAAAUGGAAGCUUGUACCUAUAAUACUGCUGCACUUGUAGGGGUUUUUGCUAGAUUGUACAAUUCUCAAUUGGAAGGUGGUGUUUACAAAGAUGAAAAACCUUUGCUGGAUUCUAACUAAAUGAGAUUUUAGUUACUUAGAUAAUGCUAUUGCAAUUUUAGUAGAUAAUGAGAUAUAAACAAUAUGUACAACUAAUGUCAAGAAACAUUAGAGGAAUAAAUAAUUGUACCGCUUAUACUUAGUGUAAAAAUUAAAAGAGUUAGCAUCAAGUAAUUAAAAAGGUAUUUAUGUAUAUCUUUUGACUUGGAGAACUUACCAUUGUACUUGUUUU